CAGUAAGUAAGCCUCCCGAAGCCUCUCUUUUCUUCCCUAAGCCUUCUAUAUAUAUAAACCAUAUUCACUACAGAAUUUUCUCCACAAACAAACCCGGCCACUCAAGAAUUAACAAAUUAAGCACCCUUUAAUUAAGGAGAUCGAUCGAUCCACAUGGCCGAAGGAUACUACUCUUCUUCGCAGUCUCGUGAGCCUCCUGUGCCCUUGCAUCUAUGCUUCUUCUUCCUUAUACUGCUCAUGUUCCUGGGCUUGUCAUGGUACAUAAACUACGAGCCGGUGCUAGAGAGCUUGUUCGAUCAGGUGAAGAUGGUUCUGGUGGUGUCCCCCUUGCUGCUUCUGCUGGUUGUCCACUUCCUCUCCAACGAUGAACGCCGGCGGUUCUCCGACCUCGUCCCACUGCCAGAGAGAGACUCCCUCCAUAGGGCUGGGGGAACUCCUUGGGGAGUCGGAUUUCUGCUUGUCCUUCUUCUUUUCAUGAUUUCUUACCACUCUUACUUUCAAGAACGCUGGUUUCCUCUCCUAAGCAGAUAAUUAAUAUUAUGGCAACCAUUAGUUAAUUAAUGCAUGCAUGGCGCCAUCCAUGAUCAAAUUUCUGUUAUGUAAUUAUUGUUAAACAAAAGUUCGAUGAGUAUGUGGUUUUCAUUUUGUAUGCACAAAUUGUACGUUUACUUACUUUAUUAAUUCAUGUCAAAAAAAAAUUACUUUA